AUCAAGGCGCGUACACAUUUUCCCCCAAUUGCGUGGUGGAUGUCUUGUUCUUUGCUAGCCGUAUGCAAAAGGAGCUUUUCAAUCACCACUGUCUUACCUCGAUCACCCUAUCAAGCUUCAAAGAGAACAUUCGCUCAUUUGAAGUUCCAAGCUGCUGAUCGGUCAUCUGCGUCACAUUCCUUAACUCCGCAUCGCCUACAUAUCAACGAGUUCCGAUCGCUUUAUCUUCCAUUCGCUGCUGCCUUGUCAGCUUCUCGAAGCCUCCGAACCAUCUGCUACCUUACGAAUCGUCAACAACAUUCUCCGCAGCACCUUUGGGCCUCGGAUAUCUUCACCAUGGAUGGCAAAGGCGAUCUGGGCGCAAAGCGCAAGCUCAACACAGCUUCCAAUGCUUCUGAGUAUCCCAAUAAGCUACUCAGACCGGACGCCGCAACUUUAACUCCUAGUGAUGCAACACCUGCCAACGGAACUGUCUAUGAUGUCGAGGAGGAGAUGAAUGAACCUUCUUCGCCAGUCGCCCUUCCCGCCACAACAGAUUCGCCUGAAUGGCAGGCUACCAUCGAAAAAGUUGUGAAAUGUGCUGUAUCCAUCCACUUUUGUCAGACUUGCUCGUUCGACACAGAGCUAUCAAUGUCCAGUCAAGCUACUGGUUUCGUGGUGGAUGCAGAGCGGGGAUACAUCUUGACCAAUCGCCAUGUGGUUGGCGCUGGACCAUUCUGGGGAUACUGUAUCUUUGAUAACCACGAGGAGUGCGACGUCAGGCCUGUAUACCGGGAUCCCGUUCACGAUUUCGGAAUUCUGAAGUUCGACCCCGCCAAAAUUCGUUAUAUGGAAGUCACCGAGUUGAAGCUCCAGCCUGAUGGAGCGCGAGUUGGCACAGAAAUCCGUGUUGUGGGUAACGACGCUGGAGAAAAGCUGAGCAUUCUGUCUGGCGUGAUUAGUCGACUGGACCGGAAUGCGCCUGAAUAUGGGGAGGGCUAUUGCGAUUUCAAUACCAAUUACAUCCAGGCCGCAGCUGCAGCUAGUGGUGGUAGUUCGGGAAGUCCUGUGGUCAACCUUGCUGGUCAGGCAGUUGCUUUGCAGGCUGGUGGUCGAGCUGACGGGGCUGCGACGGAUUACUUUUUGCCACUGGAUCGUCCGCUCCGUGCGCUAGAGUGUAUUCGCCAAGGCAAGCCUGUCACUCGGGGUACAAUUCAAACACAGUGGAUCUUGAGGCCUUUCGAUGAGUGUCGCCGUCUCGGUCUCACGCCAGAAUGGGAGGCCUCCGUGCGCGCUGCUGCGCCGGCGGAGACAAACAUGCUUGCGGCGGAGAUCAUCCUUCCAGAGGGGCCUGCGGACGGCAAGCUAUUGGAAGGAGACGUGCUUCUCAAGGUGAACGGACAGCUUCUCACCCAGUUUGUCGAACUCGACGAUAUCCUUGACUCGAGCGUCGGCAAAUCUGUCAAGUUGCUAGUUCAAAGAGGUGGCCAAGACGUUGAGGUUGAGUGUCAGGUUGGGGACCUUCAUGAUAUUACCCCCGAUCGUUUCGUGACUGUCGCUGGUGCCACCUUCCACGAUCUAUCAUACCAACAAUCACGUCUGUAUGCCAUUGCCACUCGUGGAGUCUAUGUCUGUGAGUCGGCAGGCUCUUUCAAGCUGGAGAAUACUGUGGCGGGCUGGAUCAUUGAUUCAAUCGACAAGAAGCCGAUUCGUAACCUCAAUGAAUUCGUAGAGGUCAUGAAGAAAAUUCCUGACCGCGCUCGCGUGGUGAUCUCAUAUCGCCAUAUUCGCGACCUGCACACCAAGGGAACUAGCAUCGUUUACAUUGAUCGCCAUUGGCAUCCCAAGAUGCGCUUGGCGGUCCGUAACGACGAGUCUGGUGUCUGGGAUUUCUCGGAUCUUGCAGAUCCCAUUCCUGCCGAACCUCCUGUCGCAAGAGAGGCAAACUUCAUUCAAUUAGAAGGUAUCAGUCAGCCUGCUGCUGCCGAAAUUGUCCGUAGCUUUGUGCGUGUGGGGUGCGUCAUGCCAUUGAAGCUGGAUGGGUACCCUCAGGCGAAGAAGACAGGAUUUGGACUUGUCAUUGAUGCCGAGAAGGGUCUAGUGGUGGUAUCACGAGCCAUUGUUCCCUAUGACCUAUGCGACAUCAACAUUACUGUGGCCGACUCAAUCAUCGUCAGUGCUAAGGUAGUCUUCCUACACCCGCUUCAGAACUACUGCAUCAUUCAAUAUGAUCCCAGCCUCGUCAAAGCUCCGGUCAAGAGCGCCCAGCUCAGCACCGAUUAUAUCAAGCAAGGCCAAGAUACUAUCUUUGUCGGCUUCAACCAAAACCACCGCAUUGUCGUCGCCAAAACUACUGUUACUGACAUCACAACUGUGUCAAUUCCCGCCAACUCGGCUGCCCCUCGUUACCGUGCGAUCAACCUAGACGCUGUGACCGUGGAUACUGGGCUCAGUGCUCAAUGUUCAAACGGUGUGCUCGUCGGUGAAGAUGGCGUGGUGCAGGCCUUGUGGUUGAACUACCUCGGCGAGCGCUCUGCCAGCUCUCACAAGGAUAUUGAAUAUCACCUUGGUCUUUCGACCCCGUACCUCCUUCCCGUUAUCUCCAAGAUUCAGCAAGGAGAGGUCCCAACCUUGCGAAUCUUGAACAUGGAAAGCUAUGUUGUGCAGAUGAGCCAGGCCCGCAUUAUGGGCGUCUCUCAGGAGUGGAUCAACAAGGUCACCGAGGCCAACUCCGCGCGACACCAGCUUUUCAUGGUGCGCAAAGUUGAUAGUCCUCCGGCAGCUAUCACACCUGAUCCCAGCACCAGCUUCCAAGAAGCUGACAUCAUUCUCACGCUGGACGGCCAACUCAUCACCCGCGUUUCUGAGUUGGAUGUUAUGUAUGAAAAGGAGUUCCUAGACGCGUUGGUUGUACGGAACGGCGAGGAAGUGCGCAUCCGCGUCCCCACGGUGCCAACUCGGGAUAUCGAAACAGACCGUGCUCUUGCCUUCUGUGGUGCUGUCCUACAAAAGCCGCACCAUGCCGUUCGCCAACAGAUCUCUAAGGUUCACAGCGAGAUCUAUGUUAGCGCAAGAAGCCGUGGCUCCCCGGCUUACCACUAUGGCCUUGCACCCACCAACUUCCUCACUGCUGUCAAUGGCGUGUCAACUCUAGAUCUAGACAGCUUCAUUCGGGAAGUCCGCAAAAUUCCCGAUAAUGAAUACUUCCGUGUUCGCGCUGUCACCUUCGACAACGUCCCCUGGGUUGUCACUAUGAAGAAGAACGACCACUACUUCCCCAUGUCCGAGUAUGUCAAGGAUCCCACCACCGCAUCUGGCUGGCGCACAAUCUCCUACGAGACUGAGGUUGGCGUGGCCCCUGAUGCUGCCAAUCUCAACCCCGAUGCCAUGGAUGAGAGUGUCGGCGGAGGAGCCAGUGAUAUAGAGCCAGAUAUGGCGUAG